AGAGAGGAAAGGGAGAGAGAAGGUGUGCUGUUUGAGAGUGUGAGAAGGGGCAAGAGGAGUGUUCGUCCAAACGUCAGGAGAGAGCGGACCCCUCUUGAGAGUUCUACUGACACCCCUUCCUCCGGCAUGGCGAACAUCAAAUCUGCCCAAUGGCAGGCCAUGCUGGAUCCAACGGACGAGAGCCAGAAACCAUUCUUUCAAAAACUGAAUGAUGAUGCCGUGCAGAGAGAAAGGGAGGCAGCGGCAGCAGCUAGAGCCGCCGACAUUGCUGAUCAGGUGGCUCUCCUCCGGAUCCCGGAAGCUAACGCUGACCGGUUCCGGAAGGGACUAGCUGCUGCUGUAGCAGCCUUGGUCCGACUGCGGACCUUGGAAGACUUUGAGUCUCGUAUGAUAGCACUUGAGCAGCGGAACAAAGAGCUGCAGGCUAAGGUAAUUAUCCUUGAACAGUCCCAACUGUCUGCCUCCCGCCCUCCUAACCCUCGAUCUGUUGUAAUCCGAGUCUCUCAGCCCAACACAACCCUCGUUCCAAGGGCCAGCGGAACUGCGGUAAGUGCAGGAACCGGAGCAAGCUCCUCAAGCGGCAGCACCGGUAGUUCUGCACUGAUCGUAGUCCCAAAUGCAGGGACUUCAGCCCAAAACGCCACAGUUCUUACAGCCGUUCAGUACAACGGUCCCAUGGUGGACAAGCGGGCAGCCACGUUGCCGUCCAAGUACGACGGGAAGGCUGACAUCACCUCUUGGAUUAGUUCCAUGCGGUCAUGCUUCGAGGUCAUGCGGACACCUCAAGAGGACCGAAGUAUGAUCAUGGGAACUAAUACCGAGCCUGCCGUACGAAACCACAUUGAGCUCCAAGCUUUUGCUGCAGGCUAUGCACGCAUAGACCUGACUGAUUGGCUGAAGGUCACCCCAGUUCGCACCCUUGAGGAUCUUCUCCUUGACGGGUAUCAGGAUAAACAUGUUGCGCUCAAGGCUAGACUGAAGCUUGAGGCCCUCAAGGGCCAAACAUGGAGGUCAUCCAUGCAGGCUUUGGAACACCUGACUGGUCUAUUCACCACUCCGGAUCUAGGAAUGACUGACGUGUCUUGCAUGGAUGUAGUUAUGGGAGUGGCCCCUACAGAAUACCUCUCCCUGCUAGCACUCAAGGACCAUGCUAUCUGGCGAGAGCUCAUGAAGGACCUAGUCGACCUAGAGGCCAAGGACCUCGCCAGGCGCAAGAAGGCGCCCGUUGCAGGUGGGAAACCACAACGCAAGCGGUUUGGAGGCAGCAACCAGCUUGCACUGCAUGAUCAUCGGGAGGCUGACGAUCAGUCCUAUGCGGAUGAUCUGCCUCUAGAUGACGAUCUAGAUCCGGACUCCGAUACAGGCUGUGUGCGCAUCACCUUUGACAAAGACCGCACUGUCACACACGAGCUGAAUUUCUAUGUCUUGGACAAGUGUCCUUUCGACGCGGUCAUUGGCUUGGGCUGGCUAAAGGCUCAUUGCCUAUGGACCACGCGGGCGGACAAUCAGUUCGUGGUACUUGAUGCCAAGGGGAACGAGCGUACCGUCUUACUAGAUGAGACGCGCGAGUUCCCUGUGACUCUUCUAAGUGCUAACAAAUUCUGCAGGUUUGUGGUUGUGUAUCUUGAUGACAUUCUGAUUUUCAGCAAGUCUAUGGAGGGGCACGUCAAGCAUCUCGAGGAGGUCUUGCAAGUCCUCAAAGAUGCUCAACUGCACCUCAACUUGGAGAAAUUUGAGUUUGGCAGGGACAGCGUUAUCUACCUUGGGCACCGGUUGUCUGCAAGCGGUCUCGAGCCGGAGGCAACCAAGGUUGAGGUCAUCCGCCACUGGCCUCAACCGGCGAAAUUACGCGAGCUGCGUUCUCUUCUUGAUAUGGCUUGUUACUACUGGAAGUUUGUGCCUAAGUUCUCUGACAUUGCUCACCCACUCUCACGCCAGACUAGUAAGAAUGUUGCCUAUGCGUGGUGUGAAAAGUGUGAGACUGCGUUCCAAGCCUUGAAAGAGGCUUUGGUGAGUCAUCCUGUGCUCCGCAUUGCGGAUCCCAACCUCACGUUCGUAGUCACUACGGACGCGAGCCAGUUUGGGAUUGGUGCAGUGCUGCAAGAAGAUGAUGGCGAUGGUCUGCGUCCGCUUGAAUAUUACAGCAAACGCAUGCCCAGCCACAAGGUAGGCACUUCCACAUACAUGCGGGAGCUCUACGCCUUGCGCGAGGCGCUCACGCAUUGGAAGCACUACCUCUUGGGUCGCCACUUCAAGGUUUAUUCAGAUCAUCAGACCUUGCAAUGGAUUAAGACACAAACUGAUCUCUCUCCAACUCUGACCCGCUGGCUGCAUGACAUUGAUGUUUUCAACUUUGAACUAAAACAUAAGAAAGGCUGCUAUGAUCGUGUUGCUGAUGCUCUGUCGCGCCAUCCCGAGUACUUGACUUGCCUUGUGGACUCGUACGACCUCCGGAGGAAACUGAAGGAGGAUCUGGUCGAGCACACUGCCAAGGAUCCGGACCUUAGUCCCAUCCUUGAGCAGCUCGAGGUUGACCCCAACAGUCAACCUGAUUUUCAUGAAUGCGAGGGUCUUGUAUUUCGCCGGCAUAAGCCUUAUGGCCUACUGAGACCUCUUCCCAUUCCCAAUGGACCCGGCGAGUCGAUUUCCAUCGACUUCACGGACAUGGGAAAGGUGAGUGAGGCUGGGAAUUCACACAUUGUGGACCGCUUCUCCAAAUUUCUGAACUUGAUUCCUCUCCCUCCUCACGCCCCGACUGAACUUGUCAUAGAAGAAUUCCAUCAGCAGCACAUUCUGCAGUUCGGCGUCCCGAAAACUAUUGUGAGUGAUCGGGAUACCAGAUUCAUCAGCAAAGAUUGGAAAGACUUCACAUCUCAGAUCUACGACAUCAAACUGAAYAGGACUUCUGGUCGACACCUUGAAGCCAACGGAUUGGCUGAGGAGAUCAACUAGACUGUCAUCCAAUUGCUUCGCGCACUAAUUGUUCCAGAUCAGAACACGUGGGACAAGGAAUUGCACAAAGUGA